AUGGAGGAAUUGAUGGAAUUUUUGUUUAUGGAUAAAGUACCUGAUCCUUGGGUAGCCAAAGCCUAUCCCAGCCUACUUGGCCUUAGUGCGUGGUGUGCAGACUUGGGAAAUAGAAUUAGAAGCUUAGAAGACUGGUCUGGCGAUUUAAAUUUGCCUCCAACAGUCUGGUUGGGUGGAUUCUUCAAUCCACAAUCAUUUCUUACGGCCAUUAUGCAACAGACGGCUCGAAAAAAUGAAUGGCCGUUGGAUAAGAUGUGUCUGCUUACUGACGUAACAAAGAAACAGAAAGAAGAUUUUACGAGUCCACCAAGAGAGGGUGCUUAUGUCCACGGACUAUUCAUGGAAGGGGCACGAUGGGAUAUCGCUACUGGUAGUAUAGCUGACUCGAAACUGAAAGAAUUGUAUCCAGUUGUGCCCGUAAUAUAUAUUAAGGCGAUUACGCAAGAUAAACAAGAUCUGAAGAACAUGUACGAUUGUCCCGUUUAUAAGACGAAAUUGAGGGGACCGACCUUUGUUUGGACAUUCAAUUUGAAAACUAAGGAGAGACCGACAAAGUGGACUUUAGCAGGCGUCGCAAUUUUACUGCAAAUAUGAUGUAGAAUAUUAUUUUAGAA